UGGACUGAAGAUGAUUCAUGCGCAAUACCACGUCAUCAGUCCAUGAGGGUAUAUAAGGGACACGAACGGCCAGAACCGUCAUCACAACACCUCAGAAAGACCAGACUCGACAAGCAAAACGACCUCUGCCAAGCUGUCUCUCCUCCGAUCGUUGCAGUCUACUCGUGUUUUGCCCAAUCAGCCUAGGCUUCUCAAACGCUUCUCAUCCACUUCUGUUAACGCUAUGAAGCUCGUCCCCCGUUACAGCACGGAGCGCGGCAACGCCGAUCACGGUUGGCUCAAAACGUUCCAUACCUUCAGCUUUGCUAGUUACCAUAACCCGAGCCAUGACAGCUUCGGCUCUCUCCGGGUCAUCAACGAAGACCGCGUCGAGCCCAAGACCGGUUUUGGCACUCAUGCACACCGCGAGUUCGAGAUAUUCUCCUAUAUAGUCAACGGUGAACUCGAGCACCGCGAUUCCAUGGGCAAUAUCGAGAUCAUGAAACGCGGAGACCUCCAAAUGACCUCCGCAGGAACCGGCAUUCGCCACAGCGAACACGCCCACGGCGACAAGCAGGUACACUUCCUCCAGAUCUGGAGCUUGCCUUCCACCCGGGGCCUCGCUCCUCAGUACUUCACCCGUCACUUCAACGACGACGAGAAGAAGGACCGCUGGGCACACGUCGUCGCCCCUGUCGGAGCCGAGGGCGUAGAAGAGAAGCGCGAAGCCUCUGGACCCGCUCCCGUGCACUCACCCCUGAAUCUGUUCGCGACGCUUCUCUCCCCUGCCGCGAAGGUCUCGCAUGCGUUCUCGUCGGCGUCGACGUCCCGCAAGGGGUACCUGCACGUGGUGCAGACGUCGGGAUACAAUCCCAAGCUAUCGACCGGUGCGCAUGUACGCGUACUGGGUGCUGAAGGUGGUCCCUUGGACCUGAAGGAAGGCGAUGGCGCAUACGUAAUGGCUGCAUCUGGGGAUGAGCUGACUAUCGAGAACGUGGGCGAUCGAGUCGCUGAGGUGCUGCUUUUUGAUAUGGAGUGAAAAGUCUUACGCGCAUCAACUAGCAUCUACGAUGUAUCUCAUAUUGCCUCCUAAUGCCGGAGUUCGUCCAGCCGAGAUCGGAAUACUGUAAGUUCGUGUUAUGAACUAGCCGACCUUGUGGGUUGCCAUCUAUCCUCAAUUCAA